GAAGGGAGUGGUACGUCAAAAACUGACGCACAGCGGCAGGCCACACUGCGCAAGAGGAAACAAGUCCAUAGUUUAAUAGUACUCAUAAUAAUAAUAAUAUAAACUGUAAAAUACAUAAAACAAUACGUGCAAUCCAAGUCCAAGCCCGAGCAAACCCAAAUUACGUGAGAAAGUGCAAAAAAUCUAUAAGAGAAAAGCGUGGAGAAAAAAAAAACUGUGCAACGGUGCUGAGAAAAACAAGCCAAGGAAACAUACACAUAGCAGGGCAACAAAUCAGAGCGAAACCUUGAUUGUAACGGCAGAGGCAAACGGCAGAGGCGACGGCAACGCAACAACGAACGCAAAAUACCUCAAUUGUGGCAAAAGUGAGUUUUGGCCAGGCCAGCAAGCGACACAGCAAGUUAUAUAAGCGGCAAAAAGAAGGCUAGGGAGGUGCAGAGGAGGCUGUCGAGGAUGCCCGCCAGUCGCAGCCGGCACGCCAAAGGACACGAUUCCAACAAUACCAAAGGAGCAAGCAGAGCAGGCACCAUGUCUGUGGACUUUAUACUGCCCAAUCGGAACAAGAUACAAACGAUUGCCUACGCGAGUGCCAGCAGAAAGUAUGCCGCUGCGGCAUCCCCUGCCUCGACCGGAUCCGGAAGCAACAGCAGCAGCAGCAGCGAGCUGCAGAGCUGGCGGCGACCGAAGCCGAGAAACGGCAGCAAACUGAGGCUGGAGGACAGGUCCUCCUCCUCGGUGCUGCGCAAUGCCAAUGGGAAUGGAAAUGGAAGUGCAAACGGGAGCAAGUCAUCGCUCAAGUCGCUGGCCAAACGCUCCUCCAGAUCCCUGCUGAAGCGUGAGGUAGUCGAGCUGGAGGACGAGGAUGAUCGGAAGGAGGGAACUGGCGGCGAGGAGCAGCUGUGCGAGCACUUGGAAUGGUCCGCCGCCCAGUCCCUGGUGCAGAUGACCUCCUCCAAGCAGGAGAAGCAGCGUCGCCUGGGAGGGGGCUCAUCGGGAGGUGCUAGCGGCACCACAGGAACCACAGCGGCAGCCACAGUCUCCGCCUCAGUAUCGGUGCGCCGUCCAGUGGCCGUCGGGCGGGCCCCGGCCGAGGACGGAAAGGUGAUCUUCUACGCACCGCCAGCCAGUGCCUGUGGUGCUGCGCGCCAGCCGGAGCCAAUGUCCGUGAAGCGCCAGCGCGAGCAACAAGUGGCGGCGAAUGCCUCCGCAGCGGCCACAGCCGCUAUGAUUUACCGCGGACGCAGCGCUGAGGAGACGGAGGCCGCCCACGAUCUGCUGUCGCUGUCCCAGAGCCUGCCGCCGCUCAUUCCGCCCUGCGUGGUGACCAUCAUGAAGCAGGAGCAGGAGCACCACAAGUCGUCGGCGGAGCACUUGCCGAUUAUGCAGGAGAUCUCGAACGCUUCCAACAAGUCGCUGGCCACAUCGUCGCAGUCGAACAUCCGAUUCAUCGGCAGCAGUUCCUACGACAUGAUGAACGGAGCGCCCGAAGCAUCGAACAACUGCUCGCCACUGACGCCGCCCAACUCCGAUCACAGCUCGGAUGUGGACAUCGACAUGUCUUCCUCGUCCGAAUCCGGCCAGAUGCACUGGGGCAAGCAGCCGCACCAGCCGCCGCAGCAGCAGCGGGCCUCGGCCCUGAAGAUGUGCCUCAACAUGAUGGACGGGCGCACGAAGGCCAGCAAGGCAGCGGCCGGCAAGGACCGGGAGCAGCUGCACCAGCGUCCAAAGAGCUCCAGCAGCUCCAAUGCCUCGGGCGGCGCGGGAAGCAGUGCCGCAGGCGGACGUGCAGCCACGCUUGCUGAUGUGGCAGCAGCAGCUAGCGCUGUAUCCAGUGGCAACGGGGAGAAUUAUGCCAAGCGCAAGCGCGGAUGCUACAAGUGCUCCGAGUGCGGCAAGCAGUACGCCACCUCCAGCAACCUGUCGCGCCACAAGCAGACGCACCGCUCCCUGGACUCACAGUCGGCCAAGAAGUGCAAUACCUGCGGCAAGGCAUACGUGUCCAUGCCGGCCCUGGCCAUGCACCUACUAACGCACAAACUCUCGCACAGCUGCGACAUCUGCGGCAAGCUCUUCUCGCGCCCCUGGCUGCUCCAGGGCCAUCUGCGCUCCCACACCGGCGAGAAGCCCUACGCCUGUGUCCAUUGCGGCAAGGCCUUCGCGGACCGCUCCAAUCUACGCGCCCACAUGCAGACGCACUCUGGCGACAAGAACUUCAAGUGCCACCGCUGCAACAAGACGUUCGCGCUCAAGUCGUAUCUGAACAAGCAUCUGGAGUCGGCCUGCCUUCGGGAUGCUGGAGCCAUAGGGCAGGGCAAGGGCGAUGACUAUGACUGCGAUCUGGACGACGAGGACGAGAUGAUGGGCAAGCACGAUCAGGACGAGUUCGACGGCGAUGAGAUGGACAGUGAUGAGACUAGUCAGGAUAUUGAGGUGGCUUAGGCGGCCGUCGACGAUGCCAUGGAUAGUGAUGAGACUAGUUGGGAUAUUGUGGCGGACUGAGGCAGCAGCCGAGGUUGGCCACAAGACUCCUCGUUUACCUUAAUAUUAGAUACUUUAUACCAGAACCCUAUAAGCAAUAUUCGAGCACCCUUAUCAAAUUAAAAACGAUAAAAACCAAAAGGAAAGAAGCGUAAUCGAAGGUUAUAAUUCAAAUCUGUCAACUAGCAGCUUACUAGCAGAGUAGUUCGGACGGAGGAUGGAAGACGGAUGGAUAGCAGAUGGAUCUCAACUCAAUAGAAUGUUUUCAACAGUUAUAUACAUAUACAUAUAUAUCUACUUACUUAUUAUCUGACCUUUUCCGGGCUACUACUAUAGCGGGACGAGCGAGAAUGAGAACAUGGCGGAGGAGUCUUUCCGAGUUGCAACUUUUACUGAAUUGAACAACAACCAAAAAUGAACAACAACAACACCAAAAGCAACAGCGACAAAAGACAGACCGACAGACAGAAGAGCAUAACGGAAGGGAGAAUUAAGGGGAGAACAAAACAAACGGAAACAAAAAGGAAAAAACAAAAGGUUUAAGAAAGAAAUCCAAAACGUAACUUAUAGUAAAAAUCUGACACAACGAAUAUUAUGGAACAUAAGUAGAAAUUCUAUAUAUACACAGAUCAAAUAAGCAUAUAUACAGAAUGGAAGGGAGAAAAGGAGUAAAGGAAGGAAGAAUGGACGGAGGAGAAAGGGCAAAUUAUAUAUAUAUACAUAUACAUAUGAUCUAUAUGAACUACGAGUAUAAUAACAUAGCGAGCAGAACCAAUUUGCAUGUUUUUUGGUAAUAUCUACUUUAAGGCAUCGUUUUAGGGCUCUAGAGUUUAUACACACACACACACACACCCCUUACCGCAUCCAUGCAUACCUAGAUGUACGAGUAUUACGAGUAUUAGUCUGUAUUCAAAGAGAACUUUCUCGCUCUCUAUCUCCAACCACGCCACCCCCACACGCCAUUCGAGGAGGACAGAUGGACAGUAGAACAGUUUGAACAGUUAAAACAGUUGAACAGAUGGACGGCUCACUUUCAAGUCUAGCAAACUAAUCAAUUAGUGAACUUAUAGCACUUCCUGUAACUCCCUAUAUCUCUCUCGCUCUUAGGCUCUUUUUAAAUAUUGUACUCAACGAUCAAGAUUAGCAAUUGGAAAUCGGAUAUACUCUCAGCAAGAUGUAGUCGGACGAAGGACGCAGAGGCAAAGAAGAACCAUUUUAAAACUGCUAAGGCAAACUUUACACUCUAACCCAGUUUAAGAUGGGUAUUACUUCCAUAUUAUGCUCUAACUCGAUAAACAAAAACUACUUCAAUUACUUAGAAAUGAUUAAAAUUAAUGAGAAAACAAUUUAGAAACAUAUCACAAGGACAAUACUUAAACAUAACUAAAAAAAAAACAAGUACAUUCAAAAUACAAUUAAAACAUAAUUUAAAAAAAAUAUAACAA